UUCAUUCAUUGAUUCACUGAGAAAGAAAAAGAGAGAAAGUGCGGUUUUUGAAUUCAAUACCAAAAAGAAAGAAAGAAAGUGAGUUCCGAUCGGAGAAAGUGCAGUGCAGUGAAAGAAAGAAAGAGUGAUCAUUCAUGGCUUCACCCAACAUCAUCGUUCCGACCAAAGAGGAAAGGAACCGGAUAAUACUUGGUGAUAUUGGAAACGGAAGAACCCUAAGAGAAGUUGAUAUCAACACCAAUUUCUGUCACCAACCACUUGCCACUCAAAAGAAACCGAAUGAGCAAAUUGUUGACAAUAUUGAUGCUGCUGAUGUUCACAAUGAGCUUGCUGCUGUGGAAUAUAUUCAAGACAUAUACAAGUUCUAUAAGACGGUUGAGAAUGAGAGCCGUCCCGAUGCCACCUACAUGGACUCACAACCUGAGAUAACUCAGACAAUGAGAGCUAUGCUUGUUGAUUGGGUGAUUGAAGUUCAUGUUCACAUGACCAGGUUUCAUUUUUCAAUUGAAACCCUCUACCUCACCAUUAACAUAGUUGAUCGUUUCCUAUCACUCGUGACUGUGCCAAAGAGGAAAUUGCAAUUGGUUGGCAUCACUGCCAUGCUCAUGGCAUCCAAGUAUGAAAACAACUCCCUGGCCCCUGAGGUUGACUACUUCGCCUUCCUCUCGGAUCGAACUUAUUCUCCUGAACAGAUACUUAGCAUGGAGAAAAUCAUACUCAGAAUACUGGAAUGGGACUUGAGUGUGCCUACACCAUUUGUUUUCCUAGUUCACUUUAUCAAGGCCUCCUCAAUUCGAGAUCCGGAUGAGGCAGUAGAAAACAUGGCACAUUUUCUUUGUGAGCUGGGAAUGAUGCAUUAUGCUACCUUGCAGUACUGUCCAUCAAUGAUUGCUGCCUCAGCAGUGUUUGCAGCUAGAUGCACUCUCAACAAGAGCCCUUCUUGGAAUCACACACUUGAGAUGCACACUGGUUACUCACAACAAGAACUUAUGGAUUGUGCUACACUCUUGGUGAGCUUCCAUUGCAGGGCUAGGAAUGGAAAGCAUAAGGCUGCGUUGUACAACAAGUACUCUGAUCCUAAGAGAGGAGCUGUUGUAAUGCUUCCACCAGCUCAAAUCUAGUUUCUUUGGAGUUUGAUGAUGUUGGAUAUUAUUAUUAAGAUUUAGUUUAGAAAUAGAGAUAUGGUUCAAAUAUAGUUUCUAUUAUAGAUUAGUAUCUUUUAGAUUUAGAUAGAUAUAGUUUUGAUAUCUUUUUACAUCUAUAUAUAUUGUACAAGUUUAUCAAUGAAAUACAUAUUAGAAAUC